GACUGGAACCCACUGCAAGGUUUGACACCAACAGAGUCACCAAGAUGUCAGAGAAAAAAAUAUCUUCAAGUCGGAAGCAUCACCUAAAGAGUCUGAUGCUGUCCAUCGCCAAAGGCAUCCUGGACGAGGAGGAGAGGGAGCGAGCGGAGGACAAGAGGAGGCACAUGGCUGAACACUGUCCCCCGGUGUCCAUGCCGAGGAACAUGCAGGAGCUGCAGGAGCUGUGUCGUGAGAUCCACCACAAGAUCGAUGUGAUUGACGAAGAACGAUACGACCUGGAGAUGAAGGUCAACAAAACCAACAAAGAGAUCGACGAGCUGAAGAUCAAAGUUCAAGACCUGAUGGGCAAGUUCAAGAAGCCUGUCCUGAGGAAGGUCCGCAUGUCGGCCGACGCCAUGCUGAAGGCUCUGCUGGGCUCCAAGCACACAGUCAACCUGGACCUGAGGGCCAACCUGAAGCAGGUCAAGAAGGAGGUCAAAGAGGAGGAUAAUCUGCGUGACGUCGGCGACUGGCGUAAAAACAUUGAAGACAAAUCUGGCAUGGACGGAAGAAAGAAGAUGUUUGAGGCUGAGGCAUAAACCACAACAUCAUCUGUCAAAAGCUUCAUUCCCAAAGUUCCUUUGGGCUUAAACUUAUUGGUUAUUUGUCAAAUCUGCCUGAUAGUGUUUGGAGCCAAUGUGCACCUUC